GGUCCCAACUGCCAGAAAGCAAAGAAAAAGAUUAUCCCAUCAAGGGCCUCGUAGGUAUUGCCAAUCCACGAUGGCACAAAACGCCCCAACGGUCCGGAUUACCGAAUCAUGUACUCCACUUGUCAAAAUCGAAAGCGCAUCUACAUGCAUGCCACGUGUCCCGCAGUUCGUGUAGAAACGAAUCACCCUAUAGAAGCGAAGUGGUCAUGGUCAACAACAAAUAACUACUCAGCCAUGAAUACUGGGUCCCACCACCAUCUGUCGUUUUAGGCAGAGAAAGCACCUAACGCCACGUGUCCUCGCGGUACUAGUAGGCAUGCUUGCAUACUUCCCAUCCAUCUCUCUAUCUCUAUAUAUAUGUAAAAAAAACUAAAAAAAAUAAAAACAAAAACCAGUCAUUAGUCGUUGAUCUUACACCAAAACAAUGGCAAACAAGACACUCAUCACAACCACACUUUCUAAAUUUCGUUCCAUUCCUUCUUCCAAUUUCCUUAGAAGAGACCCUUUUAGGCCCAGACUCUAUGUCUCUGCUGGCACCAGACCUUUACAGGGAAGCUCAGCACAAGAAGCGUCGCGUGCAUGCGAUAAAGCGGCUGAUGCUGUUAAGCAAGGGGUCAAGGAAACUAAAGAGACGGCCCAAGACAAGAAAGAUCAAGCGUCCUCUACGGUAGAUCAGGUGACACAGAAGACGAAAGAAGUUGUUAAUAAGGUGUCCGAAACGGCUGGAGACUUGACUGAGAAAGCAAAACAAACGGCUCAAGAUGCAUGGGGAUCAGCUAAAGAAGCUGGCCAAAAGAUGAAGGAAAGCGUCGUAGGGAAGGCUGAAGAUGCCAAGGAAAUCAUCGAAGAAAAAACUGAGGAUGUGAAGCGGUCAUGAACAUCAAGAAUAUGGAUGCUCCGUGAUUACUAGUUAUUUAUCUCCUUCGUCGUCAUCAUCGUUGUAGUCAUCUCUUUUCAUAAAAUUUCAUUGGGUUGUCAUUAGAAGACGAAUUUUCUGUUUGUGGCAAACAAAUAACUUCCUUGUUGUGCACUGAGUGCACGGCCUUGCUGUUUUAUCCAAGCCAAUGAUUUGAUGCCUCCAUAAUGCACGCCCAAAACAUCACCCGAAUUUGAAGAUCCUAACUGUCGAAUCCUGUCGGGCUUCGUCCAUCAUUGAUUCCAUGCACAAUGUGAAAGUUAUUUGUUCGUCACAUACAGGAAA